AUGCGUGAAAUUGUGCACCUCCAGACAGGCCAAUGUGGCAACCAGAUCGGUGCUGCCUUCUGGCAGACCAUCUCCGGCGAGCAUGGCUUGGAUAGCAGUGGCCUGUACACCGGCACCUCCGACAUCCAGCUGGAGCGGAUGAACGUCUACUUCAACGAGGCUGCCAGCAACAAGUACGUCCCCCGCGCCGUCCUGGUCGAUCUCGAGCCCGGCACCAUGGACGCCGUCCGCGCCGGGCCCUACGGUCAAUUGUUCCGCCCGGACAACUUCGUCUUCGGUCAGGCCGGCGCCGGCAACAACUGGGCAAAGGGCCAUUAUACCGAGGGCGCCGAGCUGGUCGACCAGGUGCUUGACGUGGUCCGCCGCGAGGCCGAAGGCUGCGACUGCCUGCAGGGCUUCCAGAUCACCCAGUCUCUCGGAGGUGGUACCGGCUCCGGCAUGGGAACGCUGCUCAUCUCCAAGAUCAGAGAGGAGUUUCCCGAUCGUAUGAUGGCUACAUUCAGUGUUGUCCCGUCUCCCAAGGUGUCCGACACCGUCGUCGAGCCCUACAACGCAACGCUAUCGAUCCACCAAUUGGUUGAGAACUCGGACGAGACGUUCUGUAUUGACAACGAGGCUCUGUAUGAGAUUUGCAGACGCACCCUCAAGCUGGCCAACCCGUCCUACGGCGACCUUAACCACCUCGUGUCCGCCGUCAUGUCCGGCGUGUCGACCUCGCUCCGCUUCCCAGGCCAGCUGAACUCGGAUCUGCGCAAGUUGGCUGUUAACAUGGUCCCCUUCCCGCGCCUCCACUUCUUCAUGGUCGGCUUCGCGCCCCUCACCAGCCGCGGCUCGUCCUCGUUCCGCGCCACGACUGUCCCCGAGUUGACCCAGCAGCUGUUUGACCCCAAGAACAUGAUGGCCGGCUCCGACUUCCGCAACGGCCGCUACCUCACGUGCUCGGCCAUCUUCCGCGGCAAGGUGGCGAUGAAGGAGGUCGAGGAUCAGAUGCGCAACGUGCAGCAGAAGAACUCGGCCUACUUUGUCGAAUGGAUCCCUAACAACGUGCAGACCGCCCUCUGCUCCAUCCCGCCCCGCGGCCUCAAGAUGUCAUCCACCUUUGUUGGCAACUCCACGGCCAUCCAGGAGAUCUUCAAGCGUGUUGGCGAGCAGUUCACCGCCAUGUUCCGCCGUAAGGCCUUCCUUCACUGGUACACGGGUGAGGGCAUGGACGAGAUGGAGUUCACCGAGGCCGAGUCCAACAUGAACGACUUGGUCUCCGAAUACCAGCAGUACCAGGAUGCCGCCGUGGACGACGAGGAGGAGGACUACGGGGAAGAGGACAUUCCCGACGACGUUGAGGCUUAG